AUGGACACCCUCACCGCCCAAGAUGUGUCGUCGCCGCCACAGCCACCCCAACCAUCCCGGUCCUCUCCUCCAGAGCGUCCUACCUCUCCUCGUGCGACCACGACUUCCUUCUCUUACCCCUCCAGCUCUGCAACAGCAUCUGGCUCUCCUCCCGCUCCACCAGGACACACGAUCCGUCGUUCAAUAACCAUAGAUGAGGCCUCGCGGCUCCGCGGCGGAGCCUCUCUUACCUCCCAUCCCUCAUCCGAGAACCUCGAGUCGCCUUCCAAUGGCCUCCGACGGCGCAGCUCAACCUUCUCCGACUUCAGCAUAUCUGAAGCUCGACGCUCAAUGCGAGAUGGCACCCAGGAUAUCCUGAACCCAAGUGGGGCGAAACAUGACAUGGGCCAGGACAGCUCCGGUGCUCUGGCCAACCUGCCCAUCGCUUUUGCGCUGCUGCCAGCCUUGGUCGGAGUCUUGUUUGAGGGAGGCAGCCAGCUUAUAACCGAUGUCAUGCUCCUUGGCCUGGUAUUUGUCUUCCUCCGAUAUACCGUCACGCAGCCAUGGCAGUGGUAUCACUCGGCCCAGGAAUUACGUAUUAGGCAGGAAGUUGGGCUGGAGCACGUAUCCGAGGAUGGAAGUGAAUCGGACAUCGCGCCAAGCAAGAGGGCGUCUAUCGUGACGUUGGACGAUGUCCCCGAAGAGACGCUUCAGGAUGAACAGCAGUCCUCUCAGCCGAUGCAGCAACAUCCUGAGACGCGGAGAAACCUUGAGGGGAAAUCACCCGUGGAACGGCCCAGCCGCACACGUUCCCAGGAAGCAGCUGUCAACGAGCUCUACGUUCAUGAAGUCCUGGCUCUGGUAUCAUGCUUUCUCAGCCCCGUCAUAGGCGCAUACCUUCUUCAUGCCAUUCGCAAUCAGCUUAGCCGGCCCUCUGAAGGACUCCUUACCAACUUUAAUAUCUCAGUGUUCCUCCUUGCAGCAGAGCUCCGCCCCUUGUCCCACGCUCUCAAACUCAUACAGGCACGCACGCUGCACCUCCAGAGAAUAGUCAGGCUCACUCCUACUCCAGCCUCGACAAAAGAACAGCUUGAGGAGAUGCGUCUCCGCGUCGCGCAGCUUGAGCUCCGUGCCGAAGCAGCCGAGGCAGUGACAGCACAGUCCCUUGAGAUCUCAGCGCAGCGGCAGCAACAGCAGCAAAAUAGUAGUCUGAAGCAAGGGCCAGCACUCGUCAGGGAAGUGCGAAAUGCGAUCCAGCCAGAAUUGGACGCGUUGAACCGUGCGGUUCGACGAUAUGAGAAAAAGGCGACAGUGUUGGCGUUGCAGACAGAAUCGCGGCUGGGCGCUGUCGAUACCCGGCUGAGCGAUGCGAUAGCACUCGCGGCAGCUGCUGCAAAGCAGAGCGAUCAGUCACAGUGGAGCUAUACUGCGCUGUUGAGAUGGGCUGUUGCUGCGAAAAGGAUCGUCAAGAAAAGACGGUCGACCGUCCGGGCCAGGAAGAUCUGGACGGGGCUAUGGAAAGGUAUCAAAACCCGGCUCCGGAUCGGAAAGGGACCGAUAUAG